GGGAAGGAGUAGAGGAAGAGGCUACUGAACAACAGGAAGGUAAGAGAGCGGACGAGAGAGGUGCAGUCCCCCCAGGAAGUAACGAACUCCGCGUAAGUAGCAAGAAGGAGAGUGUAGACGAGGUGUUCAAAAUUGUGGAGGAGCAAAUGGAUAAAGAUAUGGCCCUCGUUGAUGAUGCGUCGAGGGCCAUUAUGAUGUUAAGUGGGGCGCGUCACUUGGGUCAGUUGGAUCAGUUGAAGAAGUCGGAGCAGUCGGAGCAGUUGAAGCAGUUGACGCAGCUGAAGAAGUCGGAGCCGUCGGAGCAGUCAGAGCAGGGAGUCGAGGUGGGGACCUUGCCCCCCGCUGCUCAGCAGAAUGACGUGCAAGAUGGGGGCAAUGAGAAUUGUGCCGUAAGCACCGCAGAUGCACAGGGUAGUGGCGAGAGCCCCAAGAAGGUCAUAGACAAUAAGGUUGGAGUAACACAUCAGGGGGGAGCCAACAACACGGGGAAGGAUCCCCUUCACAGGGAGACCAUGAUCAACCGUGAUGACUGUGAAGACGCCGAUAGCAACUGCGACAUGGACACGUGGUCCAACGUGAGCUACCUUUCCAUGGAUGAGGCCAGCCUGUACCAUGAGGCGGCCGAGGUGUACGCAGCCGCGCCGAAGCAGGAGCAGGCAAAGUGCUCGAGGGAGGAAAUGAGGCGGCAGAUGCUGAAGAGCGACGAGGAGGCGGAGCGGCGGGCACAGCAGGCGCGGCAGCGGGGGGAGCCACCAACAGGGGAGCCGCCAACAGGGCAGCCGCUAACAGGGCAGCCACCAACAGGGCAGCCGCUAACAGGGCAGCCACCAACAGGGCAGCCGCUAACAGGGCAGCCACCAACAGGACAGCCGCUAACAGGGCAGUCGCCAACAGGACAGCCGCUAACAGGGCAGUCGACAACAGGACAGCCUCUAACAGAGCAGCCCCCUCCGGUGGUGGCGUCCCCGCCCCUAACCCCGCUGACUGAGGCAAGCCAGGUCGACCUAUCCAAGCAGCUAUCCCUGAACGCAAUCGACAAGUCAUUCAUACAAAUUCCGUUAAAAUGCAUCCUUAACUCUUUCCGAAAUAUCCAGAAGGAGUUGGAGAAGAAUUUUACGAUCAUCACGCUGUUUAUAGAAAAGAAGCUACUCAACUUAACGGAUGAGAUUUACCUGAACAAGCUGAACACGAUUAUUGAGAAAAUGGAAUCAUUACGGAGCAAAGUGAUGGAAUCAAAGAUGCUUUUGGAUAAAUAUGUGAACCGUUUGGCUAGCCGACUCAAGUAUAUUUAUUUUGAGGGAGAUAUUCAGUUGGAAAAUUUGAAGCAUGAUUUUCGUUUCGAAAUGUAUGAAAAUAGAAUUAAUUGGCUAGUCGACGGGUUCUUAUCUAGAUAUGGGUUCUUUGACACUGUUGAAAUAUUUUCAAAAAGAUACAAAUUGGAAAAUUACUCAGAUGCAGAUGUGUAUAAGGAAUAUCUAGACAUAAUAACGGAGCUAAAAAAUCACAACAUCAAGCCGGCAUUAGAGUGGUGUCAAAAAUAUAAGUCGCAAUUAAAAAAAAUCGAUUCAAAUGUAGAAGCAGAGCUACAUCUACAAUAUGUCAUUAGUGUAAUUUCUGAGAACAAAUUUUUUGAGGCCAUUGAAUAUAUAAAAAAAACAGUUUCAAAACCAGAUGAGGAGAUCUCCGCAGAUGUGAAGUUCCUCGUGACGUAUAUUGGGCUCUACGGAUCCAACGAGAAGAAACACUCAACUGAUGCCUUAAGAAGAUUCAAUCGGAGGAGAUGGAUUAAAGUUACAAAAUCGUUUCAACAGGUCUACUCAGAAAUAACGGGGGUGUUGAACAAGCCUCUCCUGGAGUUGCUACUGAAGGCUGGCAUUUCGGUCGUGAAGACGGACCAGUGUGGAAAGCAGAGCUCCACGAAGUGCCCCACGUGCAUCGAAGAACUUAGGCACACCAUCAAGGAGGUCCCACAUAUACAGAAGACUAAGAGCUUUCUCGUUUGCCCCUACACCAGUCAAGUCAUGGACGAGAAAAACCCUCCCUUCACCACCCCCGCGGGCCAUGUCUUCUCGGAAAAGGCCAUCUCCCUGUUCGUUAAGUCGGAAGAAAUGUUUGAGUGCCCCGUCACUGGGGAGAAGUAUCGCAUGCAGGACCUGUCGCGGUUGUUCAUUUGA